AGCCCCCACAAUAUAUUAGAAUAAUAAUAAUAGAAAGGUUCCCCCCCAUCUCCGUUUUUGUCCCCCUGGAAGGAGGGGGUGGAGAGCAGAGCAGCGAGGCUGCCGGAGGGCGGAUCGAUGUGGAGCCGGUGAGGCACCGCGGCCGGCCCCAUCUCCCCGCCGGCACCGCGGCCGCGGCCGGCAGGACAAGCGCAGCCUCCCCGCGGAGAGGCCAGGGAGAAGGAGAUCUGACUUGUGGAGGGACUUCAGUCUGGGCUGUUAUUCUUGGAGGACUGGGGAAAUGAGGGUGUAUCCUCCCUGCCCUUAGAGUCUGCACCUGAAGACACCUUUCAGGAGGCUGUGAGGGCUGCUGAAGAUGUCCGAUAGUCUGGAUAUUGAAGAGAAACCUCCAGCUCCACCACUGAGAAUGAACAGCAACAAUCGCGAUUCUUCAGCACUAAACCACAGCUCAAAACCGCUUCCCAUGGCCCCUGAAGAGAAGAACAAGAAAGCCAGGCUGCGCUCCAUCUUUCCAGGAGGAGGGGAUAAAACCAACAAGAAGAAAGAGAAGGAACGUCCUGAGAUCUCUCUUCCUUCAGACUUUGAACACACCAUUCAUGUGGGAUUUGAUGCCGUCACUGGAGAAUUCACACCAGAUCUCUAUGGCUCACAGAUGUGCCCAGGGAAGCUCCCAGAGGGCAUUCCAGAGCAGUGGGCCAGGCUACUACAGACCUCCAACAUAACAAAACUGGAGCAGAAGAAGAACCCACAGGCUGUUCUAGAUGUUCUCAAAUUUUAUGAUUCCAAAGAAACAGUUAACAACCAGAAAUAUAUGAGCUUUACAUCAGGAGAUAAAAGCGCCCAUGGAUACAUAGAAGCCCAUCCGUCGAGCACAAAAACAGCAUCAGAACCUCCUCUGGCUCCCUCUGUCUCUGAAGAAGAGGAUGAAGAUGAUGAAGAGGAGGAAGAUGACAAUGAACCUCCACCUGUUAUUGCCCCACGGCCUGAACACACAAAAUCAAUCUACACACGCUCUGUUAUUGAACCUGCUGCUGCACCAGCACCAGCUAAAGAAGCCACCACUCCCCAACCUGAAAACUCAAACACAAACACUCUGUACAGAAACACAGACCGGCAGCGAAAAAAAUCCAAGAUGACAGAUGAGGAGAUCCUAGAGAAACUGAGGAGCAUUGUGAGCGUGGGAGAUCCUAAGAAGAAAUAUACUCGAUUUGAAAAAAUUGGCCAAGGGGCUUCAGGAACUGUUUAUACGGCGAUUGACAUCGCCACAGGACAAGAGGUGGCCAUAAAGCAAAUGAAUCUCCAACAGCAGCCCAAAAAGGAACUAAUUAUCAAUGAAAUCCUGGUCAUGAGGGAAAAUAAGAAUCCCAAUAUUGUUAACUAUUUAGACAGCUACCUUGUUGGUGAUGAACUGUGGGUGGUGAUGGAAUACUUGGCUGGAGGUUCUUUAACCGAUGUUGUCACCGAGACAUGUAUGGAUGAAGGACAGAUAGCUGCUGUCUGUCGGGAGUGCCUGCAAGCCCUGGAUUUCCUUCAUUCCAACCAAGUCAUCCACAGAGACAUCAAAAGCGACAAUAUUCUUCUUGGGAUGGAUGGAUCUGUCAAAUUGACUGAUUUUGGCUUCUGUGCUCAGAUCACCCCUGAGCAGAGUAAACGGAGCACAAUGGUGGGGACUCCUUACUGGAUGGCACCAGAAGUUGUAACAAGAAAAGCAUACGGCCCCAAAGUGGACAUCUGGUCACUUGGGAUCAUGGCAAUAGAAAUGGUGGAAGGAGAACCUCCUUACCUUAAUGAAAAUCCUCUCAGGGCGCUGUAUCUGAUAGCUACAAAUGGGACACCAGAGCUGCAGAACCCGGAGCGACUCUCGGCUGUGUUCCGAGACUUUCUCAACUGCUGCCUGGAGAUGGAUGUGGACAGGCGAGGGUCUGCCAAGGAACUUCUGCAGCAUCCAUUUUUAAAAUUAGCCAAGCCGCUCUCGAGCCUGACUCCUCUGAUCAUUGCAGCGAAGGAAGCAAUUAAGAACAGCAGCCGCUAGCACUGCAGGUCGGCUUUCUGCCCUGCCAGCUCGGAGCAGGACUGAGAACACAAACUCUGUAAAACCUCAACUCUCGUGCUGUGGGACAGAUGGAUGGAUGAACAAACCAACGGUCACAGUCAUGGUGGUAGGACCACCCCAGUUCCUCAAGGAGUAAAAAUUAUCAUUUGUCUUCUUCCUGCUUUCUGGCUCCUUAAUUUAUUUUUAAGAUGAAUCGGGGCUAAGGACAGAGAGGUAAUGACAGAAAAUGCUUUGCUGCCUCAAUCAUUUCCAAGAUAAAGUAAAUUCAGUUGGAAGAUUCCCUUCCUUCUCACCCUGUGAAUAAGCUGUACAUUCACUUUUAAUUCAGUUCUUUCUUAACGAUGUAAAGUCGUGUUUAUGGGGUUUUUGGUAUGGUUUGGAAUUGGAGAAGGGCAAUUCUUCAUUCAUCAACUCCAGACUGCACUGCCUUUUGAAUACAGCCCACUCGCAAGGUUUUGCCCAGUCAUGGUACUUCUAGAUGAGGGAGAAAGUGCAAUUGCAUUUCCAACCAAAAAGGAAUGAAGAGUGGGACAGACAAAAACAUCCUGUGGAGAUACAGGCAUUCAGCUGGGACUGUGUAGUGUUUUAAUUCUUGCCAAUUGGAUUUGUACCCCUAACUGCAAUCUCUUUGCCUGGGUGAGAACCUUACUCAGCUGAAAAAGCAGAAAGAUCAGUCGGUGUGCUGAGAACAGGCUCAUCUGAUGCAAAGCUGUCAGAGCAAUGUGAGGGGAGAGGGGGCCCAGCCAUGCCUGGUGCUGAGCCCCAGCAGAGCCCUGGCAGAGCCCAGAGCAGCCUCAGCAUCAGCAGAUCCAGGCUGGAAGGAGGCACUGGUGGUGACAAGAAGCAGCAGCCUGGCCCUGAGUGCCUCUUCCUGGGACAGGACUAAUCCUCCCGUCUCAGAGCCAAACUGAGCGUGGGCUGCUCCCCUGGGAAAUCAUGGCCAUGCUGUGAAAUGCGCAGCCUGAUGGAAUUGGCCAUCCUGAGUCUCUGCAGGAGUGGAGAAGGGCAAACAGAGCAGAGCGGUGGUGUCUCUUCUGAGGGUGCCUGUUCUUCUCCCAGCUGUCUUGUAGCUUCUGGGAAAGGUUUGUAGUGUCUGCAGAAUUCUCGGCAGAGGGUGAGGGAGCCGGGCUGCUCUGCAGGCUCCUGCACAGGUGAGUGUCCUUCAGGCACAGGAGUUCUGCCCUGGGAAUCAAGGCUGACGCGAGGGACAACCUGCACAGUUCAGAUCUGCAGGAGCCAGUGCAGCAGCCAGCCCUGGAAGAAAGCGCCUUAAAACCUGGAGUUGUGCACUGAGCAAGAGCAAAGGUGUGAAAUGCAGAGUGGAUUGCAGAAUUACUCAGAGGCACCAGGCCAGCAUGCUCUCUGCUGUCCUACAUAUGGCAAGCACUGCGUAAUGAAGCUCUGAGUUGCUGCAAGAGAGGGAAUCAGGGAUGUGCCUGAGGAUUGUGCUUGACUAGUCAACAGAUUUGGAAGGGAGCAGAAUAUUUUCAGAAUGCAAUUUGUGUUUUACUUAUUCAUUGCUGAAAGACACAGUGUGGCUUCACUCAGUAAAAGCAUUUGCACGGCGUAUUUGUUGCUGUAUUUUAGGAGUACAACUCAUGCAGGACCUUCAAAACAGCAACUGAAGCAACACACCCAGUGAGCAAAAAAAACCCCACAGUAAAACAGCUUUCUGCUAUAGAUCUCCCUGUUGGCCUGGUCCUGAAAAGGGUUAAGUAGCCUUUAAGGCACUCGCUGCCUUCAUGUCUGGCCAGCAGAAAUGAAGGAUGCUUAGGCUGUUCUUGAAUCAGGCCAGGAGCUUGUCUGGCUUUGGUGUCCUGUUUAGUUGCAGUCUGUGUGGCAAGUGUCCUUACUGUUGCUACUCUCGCUUGCGCUGGCCAUCCCAGUGUCCUUAGCAGAGGCAACAGGCAGAGGCAACCCUCCUUGAGUUACCACGGCUAAGUAGGAAUUAACUUUUCUUCAUUUCUUGGGGAGCACAACAGGUCCGAUUUUUCAGAUGGCCAAAUAACACGCUGAGGCGAGCAGCUACGGUUUCUUGAGCUGGGAGAACAUCAGGAGGAGCUGAGGGAGCUGCCAGAAGCCCACAGCUGAAGCGACAGUGGCUGACACGACCUGGAGCAAUGGCUGCCAAGCUUUCCCUCCAUAAAAAAAGCCCCUGGGGAGCAGGAGUGGCCAGAACAAGCAAACAGGCCAUAGCACAGCAGAUGGUGCAGAAGGGCGUGCAGGAAGGUGCUGAAGCCCUGCCAGCUUGACCGGGGAACAGUGGUGUCCACCCAACAGAAAGCCUUGGCUUCUCUCAGCUCUGCACCCACCACGACCCACGCAGCGGCCCAGACAGAGCUCUGGUGGGAUCAUGCUGCCAGCCAGGUGUCAGCUGCAGGCUGUGCCCUACUCUUAGGCCAGUCCUGGUGGCAGCAGCAUGAGUACAACUGUGGGACGUGUCCACUUUGGGCCAGAGCUGCAGCAGGAGGUGAAUAGCGGCAGGAGUAUCCGAGCUCACUGCGCCGCUUUCCAACAUUUACCUGGCUAAGGGGGAGAUCCCAGCUGAUUGGACUAUGGCAAAUGGGACAUUGAUCUACACGAAGACCUGGAAGGAGGAUCUGGGGAACUACAGGUCUGUCAGCCUGACUUCAGUGCUGGGAAAAGUCAUGGAGCAGAUCAUCUGGAGUGCCAUCACACGGCACAUACAGAACGACCAUGGGAUCAGGCCCAUGUAGUGAGGGUUUGGGAAAGGCAGGUGCUGCCUGACCAGCCUGAUCUCCUUUUACAACAGCAUGACUUGCCUAGGGCAUGAGGGGAAGGGCUAUGGAUGUGCCUACCUGGAAUUCAGCCUUUGUUAGUGUUUCCCACAGCUUUGUGCUGGAGAAACUGGCUGCUCAUGGCUUGGAUGGGUACACUGUUUUCUGGGUAAAAAACUGGAUGGAUGGCUGGGCCCAGAGAGUGGUGGGGAAUGGAGUUACAUCCAGCUGGGGCUGUCACCAAUGGUGCACCAGGGCUGGGUACUGGAGCCAGUUGUGUUCAAUAUCUGUAUCAGUGAUCUGGACGAGGGGAUCAAGGGCACCCUCAGUCAGGUAACACCAAGCUGUGUUGGGGUGUUGAUCUGCUGGAGGACAGGAAGGUUCUGCAGAGGGAUCUGGACAGGCUGGAUUGCUGGUCCAAGGCCAGUUGGAUGAGGUUCAAUGAGGCAAAGUGUCAGAUCCUGCACUUGGGUCACAACAACCCCCUGCAGUGCUCCAGGCUUGGGGAAGAGUGGCUGGAAAAUGCCUGGUGGGAAAAGAUCUGGGAGUGCUGGUUGACAGCAGCUGAAUUCCAGCAGCGUACAACUACCUGAAAAGAGGUUGGAGCAAUGGGGGAAUCGGUCUCUUCUCCCAAAUAAUAAGUGAUGGGACAAAAGAGGAAAUGGCUGCAAGUUGCACCAGGGAAGGUUUAGAUUGGAUAUAGGAACAAUCUCUUUACCAAAAGGCGAAGAGAUUGGUCAAGCAUUGGAACAGGCUGUGCAGAGCAGUGGUUGGGUCACCAUCUCUGGAGGGAUUUAAAAGAUUUGUAGAUGUCGCACUUGGGGACAGGUUUAGUGGUGGACUUGGCAGUGCUGGGUUGAUGGUGGGACUCGAUGAGCUCAGAAGUCUUUUCCAACCUGAACGAUUCUGUUCUGUUUAGAAGACUUUGUUUCUCUUGUGAGGUCCCAUUUUUGUCUGUCAGCUCAAGAUCUCUGUCUGUAGGAAAAGCUUCCUUGCGAAAGAGUAAUUCGGGCUGGAGAUGGGCUGCCCUCAAUGUGUAAAGCAUUCAUCAGGAUGAAACAUGUUUGUAUUCCUGUAAGAAGUGAAGAAAUGAGUGACAGUUUCUGUUUCCAGUAUAUCUUUUUUUUUCCUGUCCACAAAAGAACAGACAGCCGUCCUUUAAAAGGAAAGCACUUUGUAAUGGCACGUGUUUGCUGGACAUACACUCUAAAUAUUUCUGUUGAUAAACUACACUGUUUGAUUGCGGAAGGGAGGAAUUUCCUAUUUAUUUCCUUUACCUAUAAAUAUUUCAGCAUCUCUACGUUAAAAAAAAAACCCACCACCACAACUUUCCAGAAGACAGCAGGUACGAAAAAAAAGGAAAUCAAAUGGUAGCUUUUUUUUUCUAAUCAGUAUAUGCCUCAGCAUACAGAAUAUUGUUGGCAUUGACUUUUUAAAGACAACCGCUGUUCUAAGAGGCCUUACUUUUUAUUUUAUUAAAUACUACAUUUCUUUUUCUUUGCAUCAGCAAAUCUAGAGAUUUUUCUUUUAAAACCAAUUCCUGGGAGGCAGACAAGAUUCAGCAGAAAUAAUCUCUGCCGGUGGCUGUUUUCAGCAUGGACUUGCCCAGCUGAGGCUGUGUGACAUGCAGGGAAACGUACCUCCAGUAUCCCUGUGGCUCCGUGCUUGGGACAGUCUCUGGUGCUAAUUCUCACUCACUAGAUACUGAAAGAUGGCAGCUGUGUUUGUAUCCUCCCAGCCUGGAAAUUAAAUGUAGAAAAGACAGAAAUAUUUUUUAAAAAAACCAACAACACAAACCCACAAAAAUCCAGUCCUGAGGAGGCUAAGUCUUGUACAUUAUUUACAGGCUCAUAGAGUAUAUUAGGAUUGACAAUAGUAUUGACCUUGCAGAAAGGAAAGAGAUAAAUACUGUAAAAUCUCUGGAGCCACCUCGGGUUUUCUGACUGCUAUCCUCAGAUCAAGCAAUUAGUUAUAUAUAUUUUUGAAGUAUUAGAAAUAGGCUGUUUCUGUUGCAAAAUGAAAACUAAAAGUUUCAGACACUUUCAUUCCAAGGUUUUAAAAGAUUGGUUAAUUGUCUUCAUUUUAAAAUUAAACAGUGAAAUACCCUAUCCAGGAACUUGACUAUGAUUCCCAUCCUUGCAAUGAAGACAUGUGAAAACAAUCUGAUAGCUCACUGUGGUUUAAAUGUGUUUCGGGACAGAAGCAUAGCAGUAAAGUCAGGGAAGUUUGAGAAGCACAGAAAAGUUUAUUUAUUUAAGAAAAAAAAAGGGAAAAAAGAUAACCAUACCUAUGUAAAAUUCCAUACAGCUCCUGCAUGCACUCCUGGGAACCUGCACGGGGGUGGAUCUUACAGUGCUCUCAGGGUUGGAUCCCAAACUUGGGCUGGAGUUACAUUCUCACUUCUUGUGUCCAGUGCUUCUGUAAAUAUAUGUGUAUUUAUUCUUCAUCUUUGGCUACUUGUUGGCCACUCCACUACAGACAAAAGAACUCAAGGGUUUGUGCUGAGUUUCUUUGAGGCCAGUGGCUGCGCUUUGGCAGGUCUUUGAGUCAGUCCUUCCCCAUGUCCUGCCACCAAAAAUUAAGCACAUUCUAGUCACCACAAGAAGGGAAAUACCUGUCUCCGGUCCUCUAGUUCCUCUAGUUGUAGGAAAUGUCACUAUACUCUAUUGUCCAUAUGGCAGUUAUUUCCAAUAUAUAAUCCUUGGUGUGGCUACUGAAUAUUCCUCACACUGAGCAUGUAAAUAUCUGUAUUUCUUAGUCCAGUCCUGAGCAAAUCCAGUGAGCAAAGAGCCAGAGAGAGCCUUGUGACAUCUACCAUUAAAGGCAGGAGUCAGUGUUUCUUCGCUUGACACCCAGAGCAUGCACUCUAGUGCCAGCUUUGCCUUGCUAAGUGCUACCAAGCCAGUGGUCCAUACACCUUCCUGGUGUCCAUGUUUCCUCUUGGACCAUUCAUUCAUGCCCAGAUGUGCAGCAACUUAAUGAUGGGUUGAUGAAGACCUAUAAAUACAAGUGUUCAUCUCCUUUUUAUUUUUUCCUCUCCUCUCCCCAGGUAACUAUCUUCAAUUUUAUCCCAAAUUUUCAGGAAGCAGACAAAGGAUGACCUUUGUCUUUCAAGAAAAACCAUCCAAGUUUUUUCUGAGUGUGAUUUGCACUUCAGGGAUCUUUGAAACUUCUCUUUGCUUGUGUCUGUCCUUGAGCUGACAGGGUAAUUUUAUUUUUCUGACUGAAACUUGCAGAAUCUCACUUACCCAUCUCUUUUUGGAUGCAGUUUAGAGCUGAGUGCCAUAAUCCUAGGUGUGCAUCGUGCCUGCAAACCAGUACUGGCCUGAGCCUACCAACAGUUGUAUGUACCUUUGGUUACAAGAGUAAUCUCAAAAGAAAAAAUGGUCUUACAGUAAAGAGGAGGAGGGAUGCCCGUAUGCUCUGCAUGGGUGCCCUUUGGGCUGCCACAUGGGCACGAGCCUGCAAACUUCAUUCUUGCUGCUUAGCAGUUCCCCCAGGCAAGCACUUGAGUUCUGCAAGAAUCUGACCCUGACUGAGGAAACUGGGGGCAAUAUCAUUAGUUUAAGUUGACAAUAUUGAAAACUACUAAUUGAUUUAAUAGCCUAUGAUCACAGUAGCUUUGCCCUGCACAGUUUUCCGGCAGACCACACAUCAGCUUCAGCACUUAUGUGUCAGGUACCAUCUGCUCUGUUUGGUGGCACCUUGUUUACAGCUGCUGGAGGUUUGUGAGCAGCACCUGCUUUGCCCAACGAAGGUACAAAGCCAAAAGGAGCGUAGUUGGGUGCCAUGGCCUGGGUUGGCAGCCAUGAAUGCCAGUCGGAAGAGCUGUCAGACACAUCUGCACACACCUUUGAAUCACAACUCCCUGGUGUUAAGGGUUUAUGGAUGCCAGCCACUGGAACAGGUUCUGACCCUGGUAUCCAGAGGUCUUUUCCAACAGAAAGGAUUCUGCAGUUCUGUGAUUCUAUCUGCUGGAUUCAGCUGGGUCCAUGUUAGCAACUUCAGUUUGAUCAAAAAGUUUCCUCUUGGUCAGCUGUUGUAGCCUAAGGCUUCAGCUCCUUUAGCUCCCAGUGCUGAGCUGCUCAUGCUAAGUGAGACAACUCGGAGAGAAGAACACAGUUCAUCCAAUUUCUUCUGGGACACUGAGAGGGCAAGUUUGUGAACAGGCAAGUAUUGUUUAUGUGUCACCUCUCUGUCCUUCAUGCCUUUCAGUGCUUUGAAACAGAAAAGAGCUUUCUCCAAGAGUGCAAUGAAGCAGCUGUUCCUUCUCCCAGGUCUCGCUCUUCCUAGUCUCUGCACUUGACUGGCUUUGUCCCUCUUGCUGUGCCCUCUGUUCCUCUUGUGCUCCGUGGCUGCUACCCAGGACUGUGGAACUGGCACAGAUCCAGUGGUCGAGACCCUCAUUUCUCUGUCCUUGCAGCUGCCUGAUCACAGCAGCCUUUUCCACUUGGAAGCUCCAUAUGGAGAGGGUAUCCCCACCUCUGUUGCCUGCAAAACCUCAUGGAGCCCAGGGCCUGCCAUCUGAAGUCAGUGCAUUGAGGGCUCCCAGACACCUCAGGCUGGUGUGACUCCACUGCACAUGGGAGGGAAGAGUAGCAGGAGGUUGUUUUGAAAUGUCCAUUUGCUGCUGCUGCUGCUGCUUCUGUGUAUCCAGCCCUGCCCCAGGCUUAGGGAUCAGAUUCAAGCACUGCUACUGCUCCUACUGGCGUCAGUGAGAACUUGAUUGUUGCUGUCAAAGCCAGCAGAAGCGGUCGCUGAAGCAGCGGGUGCUGAUGGUGCCCCGAGCCCCGGGACUGGAGGGGCCCCUUGGCUGCGGGGCUGGGAGGGAGCUGCCCCUUGUUCUCACUCUGCCUCACGCAAAGCUGGGCUGCUCACAAGUGGGGCAGCACAGCAAACAGGCAGCCUGCGAGUCUCUUCCAUCCUCGUCUCUUGAGAUUUUUCACCUUUGAGCUUAAGGUCUACAAAGGCAACUGCUUUUGGUCCUGCUGUGUAUCCCCACGUUAAGCAAUGCUGCUAAAUCCAUCUGUAGCACAGCAGCAGGGGAAAGGCCUCAGCCCUUCAGUGUCAGGAGCUGCCAGGCUCUGCCUGAGCAGCUCAGCCAGCAGGAAGGGAGCUGCUCCACAUGGGAACGAGGAGCAAAGGACUGCAGCACCUCCUUCUUGGGCAGAGCCAAAAUUCGGUGGGGGAAUAACAGAGUUAUUCUCGUGCACUGGUGCAUCAGCACUGCAGGUGCUGUGCCCGCAAGCACAUGGUUCGAGAUCUGCAAAAGAAUUCUGCAACUCUUGACUGGGUCAGGAUGUCACCAGUGCUAAACUCCACUUUAGUCCAAAGCAACCAGUUUACACCUCUGCUGGUGUCUGCUAGAUUUUUUUCUUCAGGGUAUCCAGACAAAAGUAAACAGAGGAGGAGCCUACAUUUUCAUUGUUGAGCAGAAAUGUAUCUCAUUUUGCUGUACAUUCCUUUUUUAAGACGUGUUAUCUGUUUAAAAAAAAAGAAAAAAGAAAAAACAGAAAAAAUAUGAAAGAGAAAAAAAACAUGUGUAGUGAAAGAUCUUCUGUAACUUUGGAUUAAGAGGUAACUGAUCUUUUUAAAAAGAGAACUAUGUUAUUUACUUUGCAAAUGUGCUGAUGGCAUGGAUCCAUCUCACUGACCUCAGCAUCCUUUUUUUAAAGAUUUUGGGUUUUGUUUCCAAUAUUAAGUUAUUUUAAAUUGUGGUUGAAGCAAUAGGAAAUUGAAAUAUGGAUUGUGCAUGACUGUGUCUUGAGUGUAAAAAUAUUGCAGUUUGAAACUUGGACCUAAAGUAUUGCAAAUAAAAGUUAUAAAUACCAA